AUGCAUUCUCCAAGUGAGGAUAACAUGAAUGCAGUUCUUCGGAUACUUAGAUAUUUGAAGUCUUCAACCGAAAAAGGACUUAUGUUCUUAAAACAUGGUCAUCUAAAUAUUGAUGGUUAUUUAGAUGCAGAUUGGGUAGGCAGUGUAAUAGAUAGAAGCUCUACAUCGGGUUACUUCACAUUUGUGGCAGCUGCUAUAGCUAUUGCACAGUAUCCGAUUCAACAUGAUCGCACUAAACAUGUUGCGGUGGAUCGACACUUUAUCAAACAGAAGGUUAAGGCUAAAAUGAUUCAGCCUCCUUUUGUGAAGUCCAAGGAUCAAUUGACGGAUAUUUUGACAAAAGCAAUUUCCAGUAGAGCGUUUCACAAUUCACUGGAACAGUUGAGCAUGAGCGACAUCUAUGCACCAAUGUGA